AUGGAGACAGAUACUCGAAUGCAUGAUGAAAUUCAGAGCUUAUCCACAAAGAGGUUGAUGGGCAAAGUUGCAGUUAUAACUGGUGGUGCAAGAGGGAUUGGAGCUGCCACAGCAAAACUGUUUGCACAAAAUGGGGCCUAUGUUGUAAUUGCUGAUUUACUUGAUGAAUUGGGGGCUAAUCUAGCCGAUUCAAUUGGAGGCCGCUACAUCCACUGUGACGUUUCAAAGGAAGCCGAUGUGGAAUCAGCUAUCAAGCUAGCACUGACUUGGAAAGGCGGACUAGACAUCAUGUUCAACAAUGCAGGCAUUGGUGACGCUGGUGGGAGCAUCACUAACCUUGACAUGGACCAAGUGAAGUACCUAGUCUCAAUUAAUGUGUAUGGAAAUUUACAUGGAAUGAAAUAUGCUGCACAAGCCAUGAUCAAAGGCGGCCGAAAAGGAGGGUGUAUCAUUUGCACAUCAAGCUCAGCAGCUCUUAUGGGAGGCCUAGGAGGACAUGCCUACACAUUGUCAAAAGAGGCAAUCCUUGGAAUGAUGAGAAGUGCUGCUUGUGAGUUGGGGGUGCAUGGAAUUAGAGUGAAUUGUGUUUCGCCACAUGGGGUCCCUUCGGAGAUGCUUGUAAGUGCAUACAGGAAGUUCUUGGGGAGAAUGGAUGUGAACCUCGAAGAAAUUAGUAAGAUUAUUGGUGAGAGAGCGAGUUUAUUGCCUGGGAGAUGUGGAAGUACAGAAGAUGUGGCUCAUGCUGUGCUUUACCUGGCUAGUGAAAAUGCUGAGUACAUAACAGGACACAAUCUUGUUCUUGAUGGGGGUUAUACUUCUGCUAGCAGUAACAUGAGUUUCAUCUACCAAUGUUAA